GGUUUUAGUGUGGGUUUUUUUCCCUCCCGCUCUCUGACCGUGGGAGUUUGAAAGCAUGGCGGUGGCGGAAUGAGGGUGUGGGUGGGUGUGUGGCGGAGGUCCACGUGUGGCUCUCCCGGAGCUCAGCGCGGGGAGGCUGCGGAUCGCUGUCGGGCUGCUCUGGGAGUCGCGCGGAGGGCCCGGGGGCCGCGGCGGGUUUGCUUGGCCCUGCCCCCGAGGGGCAGACCUGGGAGCAGCACUUCCAGCACUCAUGGCAAAGCCAUUAGUUCAGCCUGACUACGGAGGGGCCCCGAGGAGGACGAACGCAUCGGACUCCGCGGCAGCUGAGAGCGGGGCGGGUACGACAAGCAGAUAAGCAAUGUGCACUGCCCUGAGCCCGAAGACACGUGGGCCUGGCCUCUCCGACAUGCAUCAGUACAGUCAGUGGCUUGCAAGUAGACAUGAGGCCAACUUGCUGCCAAUGAAAGAGGAUUUGGCCCUGUGGCUCACAAACCUACUGGGUGGAGAAAUAACAGCAGAAACCUUUAUGGAAAAGUUGGAUAAUGGUGCCUUGCUUUGCCGAUUAGCUGAGACCCUGCAGGAGAAAUUCAAGGAAAACAGCUUUGAUGCAAACAAGCCUGGCAAAACCUUACCAGUUCGGAAAAUUCCAUGCAAAGCCAAUGCUCCUUCAGGGUCUUUUUUUGCACGGGACAACACAGCAAAUUUCUUAUCCUGGUGCAGAGAUGUAGGUGUGGAUGAUACCUGCCUGUUUGAAUCAGAAGGUUUGGUACUCCAUAAGCAGCCAAGAGAAGUGUGCCUUUGUUUGCUGGAACUUGGAAGAAUUGCAGCAAGGUUUGGUGUGGAACCUCCUGGAUUAAUAAAAUUGGAAAAAGAGAUUGAACAAGAGGAAACACUUUCAGUUCCCCUUCCAUCUCCUUCACCAUCACCCACAAAGUCUCCUGGGAAAAAGAGCACAGGGAAACUGUUGGAUGACGCUGUUAAACACAUUUCUGAAGAUCCGCCUUGUAAAUGCCCUAAUAAGUUCUGCGUGGAGCGUCUUUCACAGGGAAGAUACAGAGUUGGAGAGAAGAUCCUUUUUAUUAGGAUGCUGCACAACAAACAUGUGAUGGUUCGUGUUGGAGGAGGCUGGGAGACUUUUGCAGGUUAUUUAUUGAAGCAUGAUCCGUGCCGAAUGCUUCAGAUCUCCCGAGUAGAUGGGAAAACUUCUCCAAUCCAGAGCAAGUCUCCAAACCUCAGGGACAUGAAUCCAGACAAUUAUCUGGUUGUUUCUGCCCAUUACAAAACCAAGAAAGAGAUUAAGUGAAAUAAGCUGCUCAUAUAAGUGGGACUUCAUAUAUGUAGGUCCAAAUUAUUCUUCCAAGUGUAGUGAAUUUAGUUGAAGCUUUAAAAGGACUUUGGAAAACUUAACGUCGACUGGAAAUGACACCCCAUUUUCAAGAUCAUUGAAUUUAGAACUAUUUAUUUCUAGUACUGUAUCUUUUAUAGCAAAUUACCCUUGAUAGGCUAAUUACUACAAUCAGAUAAUAAAUAGACAUAUAUUUUUAGCCAAAUUAUUACUCUUUAAUAUGUGAAUGUAUACUUAGAGCUACAUAAAGAAGCGCAUCCUGUUAAUGGAAGAAAAUAAACAAUGAAAUAUAUUUGUACGAAAAUCUUAUUACUUUGAAUCCCUGACUGUUAGGCUAGUUGAAAUAUAUAUAUGCAGGUGGAAAAUGGGUAUUUGGAGAGAUUAUUUGGAAAUGUCUCUUGAAGUGAAAUAAAAUUGACUAUUUGUAUGUUUUGCAAUCUUUUCUUAAUUAGUAGAAUAUAAUGGCUUAUUGCAUGCCUAACAACUUCUCAAAGCCAUUUCUUAAAGGAAAAAAAAAGCCCAAGAAACCCCUUCACACUGUUUUAUUAUUUAAAGCUGAACACAAUGCUGAAUGCUCGAUCUGUGUGUAGAUCCUUUCUGUUUUUCAUGAAGUUGUCCAAUAUAGAAGCAUGGGGAAGUGGAAAAAUUGCCCCUUCCUCUGUCAGACAGUGGAGCUGGUUGGUCAUACCAGUGAGGUGAUGUUCUGCAGCCCAUAAGGGGAGCAGUAUCAUGUGCACAGCCCUCAGACCCAAGGAGGAGCUUCAGAAGAUGCAAGUCCCUCUGGAGUCACAAAACAUGGCACUGUUCUUGGAUAUGAGCUUUUCCUUCCCCUUCUUUUUAAUGUUGUUGGUCAUGUUAAAUGUGAAAUAUUCAUUAACCUGUAAAUAGAGUGAUUUACAUUCUCAUAAAUCAUUCACACAUCUCUAAUAUAGCUAAAGGUGUCGGUGGGCUUAGUUCAUUAUUUUGGCUGCUUUUCUGUUUAUAUUUGGUAAUUUAUGUGCCUUGCAACAUCCUAGAAAAAUCUUUUUAUAGGAUUGUUUCACUGACUGUAUAAAUUUAAAACUGA